UCGCAGAGAAAAAGAAAACCCCCAUUGUCAAACAGUCCAAAGCUUUCUCCACAGCCGACCAUGGCUUCCGCCCUCCUCCUCAAGGCCAGGUCACUCAGAAACUCCUCUCUCCCCAUCACUUCCCGCUUAUUUCCACCCCUAUCCUUUUCUGCUUCUUCUUCUUCUUCUUCUUCUUCUCUCUCCUCUUCCCCCUGCAAAACAAAAACCCACCCCCUCUCCCAACCCUCCCAAACCAAAACCCCACCUUCCCCCAAGAAAGUCCCAUUCACUGUCUCGGUUCACGGAAGGACGUGGGCGGAUCCUUACCACUGGAUGCGCAACACCAACGAUACCGAUUUCAUCCGUUAUUUGUCCCAAGAAAACUCUUACACUGAGGAUUUCAUGGCCGACACCCAGAAACUGCGGCAGGCGCUGGUUUCUGAGAUGAGAAGCCGAAUGCCGGCCGAGGUUUCCACUCCCCCUGAACGCUUGGGACCCUGGUUGUACUAUCAGUUUGUUCCAGAGGGUAAGGAGUACCCAGUUUUGUGUAGGAGGUUAGCAACUGAAAAAAAGGAUUGGAUGGAGACUGUUGUCAAUUACCUAAGAGGAAGAUCUGGAAAGGAGGAAAUUUUACUUGACUGGAAUGAGAUUGCAGAACAGUAUGGAUAUGUUAACGUGGGCACAUGUCGUGUAUCACCAAACCAUAACUUCCUUGCAUACACACUUGAUACAACUGGCGGUGAAAACUUCAUGCUCCAAAUUAAGGAUCUUACAACAUUGCACAAUAUUCCAAAAUCAAGAGUUGAUGGGGUUGUGAGCUUGGCAUGGGCUCAGGAUGGUCGCACAUUGUUUUACACGAAGUCGGAUGAGAACCAACGGCCCAACAGGGUACUAUGCGCAAAACUGGGAUCAUAUUCUUUGGUUGAUGUUCAAGUCUUUACGGAAGAUGAUUCUAGCUACUGUGUGGAUAUCACCAGCACAAAGGAUGGCAAGUUCAUAACUGUGAAUUCUAACUCGAGAACAUCAUCUGAGGUUUAUGUCAUAGAUGCAAGCAACCCACAAGAUGGAUUACGAAGGUUAUGUAAGCGUGUCCCUGGAGUACAGUUUUUUGUGGAACAUCACUGUGGUUUUUUCUAUGUUCUAACAAAUGCUUCUUUGGGCGAGGAUAAGGAUUUUUCAACUGGGACUUAUUACUUGGGUAGAGUCCGAGUUGAAGACAUGCACUUGAAUAAUUGGCAGAAUAUCAUUGUACCAAGUAAAGGUAGCAGCUUACGAGAUAUGGACAUUUUGAAUGGACAUCUGGUGCUUUUCCUUGACAAAAUGGACUCCACUCAGAUAUGUUCCAUCAAUCUGCCUAUAGACGUUGAUUGUAAGCAUUGUGUGGAGAUUGACUAUCUUGAUCCUUGGUUUUUCCCUCUGCCCUCAAAUUUCUGUAGAAUCAGUCCAGGUUCAAAUAACUUCAUGAGCUCAGCAUAUCGAGUGGUGCUUUCAUCUCCAGUGAUGCCUGAUGUAAUUGUUGACUAUGACAUGUCAAGACGUACAUUCUCGAUUGUGCAUCAAGAGGAUGUACUGGGCGUUUCAGCUGCCAUUGGAUCGUUUUCUCAGACUUUUGACAGAGAAGUUGAUGAGCUUCCAGAGGCUUCAGAGGACAAGGAGAAAGAUACCCAGAAUUGUGAGGUCUGUCUAUGGAAGGACUUCUCUGAUGCAUAUUUGUGUGAAACAAAGGAAGUCCUUUCCCAUGAUGGUGUUGUUGUUCCUCUGACCAUAUUGUACUCCAAGAAGUCGCAUCUGAAGGAUCAGUCUCCUGGGAUUCUUCUAGGGUAUGGAGCAUAUGGAGAGGCUCUUGAUAAAAGCUGGUGCUCGGACCGUCUAAGUUUGUUGGAUCGUGGGUGGGUGGUCGCAUUUGCUGAUGUGAGGGGUGGCGGGGGAGUUGAUCCUUCUUGGCACAGGUCUGGCGGUGGAUUACAGAAAUUGAACUCUAUCUAUGAUUUUGUGUCAUGUGGAAAAUUCCUGGUUAAUGAGGGUUAUGUUUGCAAAGAUAAGCUUGGUGCUGUUGGACAUAGUGCAGGAUGUCUCCUUGUAGCGGCAGCCAUCAAUAUGUAUCCAGAUUUGUUUAGGGCUGCCAUCAUGAAGGUUCCAUUUCUUGAUAUAUGCAACACAUUGUUGGACCCCAGUUUACCUCUCACCAUUUUGGACUAUGAAGAAUUCGGAAAUCCUCAGAUUCAAUCCCAGUUGGAGUCUAUACUCCAGUAUUCGCCUUACGAUAAUAUUGCUGGAGGAGUUUGCUGCCCUUCAGUACUUGUGACAGCAUCAUUUCACGACUCGAGAGUUGGUGUUUGGGAAGCUGCCAAAUGGGUGGCCAAAGUACGAGAUAUGACCUGUUCAAGUUGUUCUUGUUCAGUCAUCUUGAAAACAAAUAUGUGCGGUGGACAUUUUGGCGAAGGAGGUCGUUUUGGUCUAUGUGAGGAAACUAGUUACGAAUAUGCGUUUCUCAUGAAAGUUAUGGGGUUCUUGGACCACAAAGUGCUCUAGGUUUUGCAGUAAGUUUGUAAUGCAAUUCUAGGAUCCUCCAAAAAAAUUUGCUUGACCGGGGAUUGGGGUUUGCUAAUUCUGGAGGCUCUCCGUAAGAUCUGAGGCAGAAAGCUCAAUAGGGAAACGUUGUUUCAAGAUGGCACUUGAUUUCAGAAAGAAAUCAUGUCCAUGAUAGGGGGCGAGCAUUGUGGACAUUGUAACAGCACUCUUCCACUGAGAUUAAGGUCGCAGCACUUGCAAUCUCAAGGAAUCACACGCGUGGAAACUCUUACAAUGUGAUCUAUCAAAUGAAGCCCCCACUCUCGAGCAAAUUCAGCGGAUUUGUGGAUCGUUGUAAUCAUUUUCGCUUCAAUAUCGUUGGAGUUGUACUGUUUGCAUCCCUAGUUCUGUGCUGGAAAUGUUUCUAUGGGUACCCAAACAUACUUCCCAAUUUUUGUGCAAACAAAUAUUUUAUACAAGCUUAUUUUUCUUGAGAGAUA